ACACCCGGACGGCCUGCUCUGAGGGAGGAGGAAGCCGCACCGCCGGAGCUGCGAUGGGGAUUUGAACGCACCUCCGCGCAGAAGACAGCGCCGCACGGCCCGGCUCAGAGCGCAGCGGGCGGGUCCGCGACACUUUAACCGUCCGGUGUGGAUGUAACCUGAUCGGAUUCGGCCUGCAGACGGAGCGGUUGGUUGUUGCUUGGAGCUGGAGGCCGGGAGCAGGACAGCGUCUGCCCGGGGCGGUGCUGCUGUUGGCGGAGCGUCGCCGUCGGUCUGUUCCCGUGGAGAGCGGAGCGGAGCCUGCAGGGAACUGCUGCCGCCGCUGCUCUCUGCGUGUUUGUGCGUUUCUCUCCGCGGCUGGACUCGGUUACACACGGGAUUAACUGAUUAACGCUCCGGUACCGGGGAGUUGGAUGAGUGUUUUGCCCCGCAGGAGUCACCUGGAGUCCGGGCGGAGAGAAGGGGCCGAUGGCGCAACGGUAUGAAGACCUGGCCCAGUACGGGCUGGAGGGGGUGGGUGGGGUGUAUGGAGACCCACACCACCAUCACCACCACCAUGCCGCUGCCGCCCGCUCUCUGCAGGCCGUGCACCUGACCGCCGCUGCUGGUCCAUACCCUCCACACCAGUACGCCCAGUCCACCCACAGCAGCAGCAGCAGCAUGGCCGCCACAGCCGGGGACGCCGUCAAGAGGGACAGAGACGCCAUUUAUGGACAUCCUUUAUUCCCUCUGCUCGCACUGAUUUUUGAAAAAUGUGAAUUGGCGACCUGCACGCCGAGAGAGAGCGGCGUGACCGGUGGAGACGUCUGCUCCUCGGACUCCUUCAACGAGGACAUCGCCGUCUUCUCCAAACAGAUCCGAUCAGAGAGGCCUUUAUUUUCAUCAAACCCAGAGCUGGAUAAUUUGAUGAUCCAGGCGAUACAAGUGCUGCGCUUCCACCUCCUGGAGCUGGAGAAGGUUCAUGAGCUUUGUGAUAACUUCUGUCAUCGAUACAUCAGCUGUCUGAAAGGGAAAAUGCCGAUCGAUCUGGUUAUAGACGACAGAGAUGGAAACAAAUCGGACAGCGAGGACUUCAUCAGGUCAUCAGGGAACAACAUGGAUCAGCUUUCAUGGAGCAGAGAUCACGACGACGCAGCAUCGAUCCGAUCGGCCGGGACGCCGGGACCGUCCAGCGGCGGACACACGUCUCACAGCGGCGACAACAGCAGCGAACAAGGUGACUGUCUGGACAACGGCAUGGCGUCUCCCAGCACAGGGGACGAUGACGACCCGGAUAAAGACAAACUGCACAACAAAAAAAGAGGCAUCUUCCCCAAAGUGGCCACCAACAUCCUGAGAGCCUGGCUUUUUCAGCACCUGACGCACCCGUACCCGUCAGAGGAGCAGAAGAAGCAGCUGGCUCAGGACACCGGCCUCACCAACCUGCAGGUCAACAACUGGUUCAUCAACGCGAGGCGGCGGAUCGUUCAGCCCAUGAUCGACCAGUCGAACCGAGCAGUGAGCCAGCCAGGACCGUACGGCCCAGAUGGUCAGCCAAUGGGAGGCUUCGUUAUGGACGGACAGACGCACAUGGGAAUCAGACCACCUGGUCCUAUGGGUGGUGUUGGGAUGGGGAUGGGCGUGGAGGGACAGUGGCACUACAUGUAGCACCACCAACACCCCCCUGCAGCUGGAGGACCUGCCCAGCGGCCCAGGAAACCACCGACUCUAUCAGCAGUGUCUGCAGACCUCCUUGGCAGGUGUGGAGGAGGACCCCAUGCCUUCUCACCUGUAACACCCCCCCCCCAGCACCACCCCUCUGGGCAUCUACCUGGCCUGAUAAGGAAAACACCUGACAGCCGGCGUCUCCGUGGCCUCCGGAGACGCUUUGUGACUUAAAAUCUAACAGCUGAAGCACAAAAACAAAGCGGACGUGGGGACAGAUGGGGACAGCUGUGUGUCCGAGCCGGUGACACUUGGGAGGAUUUUUCUGGAUCAGGACACAAACGUCAGCGUGGCGUCUCUGGAUUAGAUCAUUUCCUGUGAUGUCAGCAGCCCAGAAUGUCGUCCAGUAGGUUUUAGCCCUCUGUUCCUCUCUGGACUUCAACUACGGAAGCCUCAAGUGGACAUUUUGACACCAGCAGAGCAUCCUCCCCCUCCUCUCCUCCUCUCCAGCAGUUGAACACAUGAAGCUGAUGUCUGUAUUUCCUGAGGCGUUCUUUUGAAACAGGACGCGUCUACAAACUAUUUUUCAAGAGAGCGAAGCGCUGAAAAAUGGACGGCAGAGGUCACGUGACUGAGCGCUGUUUGCCGUGGACUCUCAGAGGACGAGAGACAAGUCGUUACAAGUGCUCUGCUGCUGCCUUUUGCAUAAUAUACUGUUUUAAAGGAAAGGACUUGUACCGUUUCACUUUUCACACUAUGUGUGUUCGUCUUUUUUCAUAGACUUCCUUCUUCCCUCGAGCCCCACAAACCUUUGAGUUCUAAAAUAAAAAAGUUCAGCAAA